UUGCCCUUCAGGUAUACGUAGUAAUAACAACGUAAGGCACAGCCGACACAUAAGCCGAUUACCCAAAGUGUCUCUGGUCUCCGUAUCGAUUUGAAUUUCUGAUUUACAGAGUUGCAGGUGCUUUUAAUGUCAUGAUGAAAGAGAAUCGGUCUUUAGGAACAGUUUGGGCGUAAACAGCGAAGGAAAGACGACACAAUAAUGUGUUUUGUAGCGACAGUGAUGUGUUUGUAAAAACAACAUGGCUGCGAGGUAUUAUGUACUUCCGGUUGAAAACAGGUCGGAAGGUCUGCAUGUGUGAAUGAAUGCUGCUCGAAUAUUAAACAGUUGGACUAGGUCAUCACACACAUAUGACGUAAGUAGGCCACGAACAUCCUUUGCACUAUGGAAAAAUACAUAUUCGUAUUUGCUAUUUUUACUUUUUGUACUAUAGUCAUUGCAACGCUGAGUGUCAUUGCAAUGAAAGAGGAACCAAAAAUCACCAAUCCCUGUACAAUGGACGACUAUCUUAAAAUAAUGACGUCAUACAUAUCGCAUAAAGGUGUUAUCAAGUUCGAAGCGGAACUUUCGGAAAAUUGCCGAAAUCAGAAACCGAAUCCGGAAGAGAUAAAGAAUUUCCGAAAAUCUUUGAUUAAUAUAAUAAAUUCGUGCAAUAGCAUCAAAAGCGAUGUUAGAAAAACCAUUCGGGAGCCAAUAAUGACAUUGUUUACGUCCGUAGAUCCUGACCCGAAACACAAUGAGGUCACUGAGCGUACAUUGAAGAACUGGGGAUAUUUCCUGCCUUCCAUUAACCUUGUUAUGUUUACGAACGACACUCGUAUUGCAAAACAAUCGCGGGAUCACGGCUGGUCAGUACUUCCGGUGGUAAAGGUUGGUGUUGAAGGACUACCAGUGCUCAAAGCCAUGUUUCAACAAGUCAUACAGAAUUUUAGCACCCAUUAUUAUGGUUAUGCUAACGGUGAUAUACUUUUAACAGAGACUCUGUUAGAAAGUUUGUCAACUGCUCGAAAACAUUUCAACCGCGACGAAAAUGUGAUGCUUACCGGAAGAAGAAUCAACGUUCCGCAUCUGACUAAUAAAGAACUGGUUUCUUACCAAUACAUGGAAAAAGUGGCAAAGGAAAGAGGCAAAUUAUUCGUUAUUUCAUCAGAAGAUUAUUUCAUUACAACGAAACAUUUUGCAUGGCAGAAUAUCCCAGACUUUGUAAUAGGACGACCAGCUUACGAUAACUGGCUUGUUGCGCAUGCGCGAUGUAAUAAUAUUAAAGUCAUUGAUACGACCAACACGAUUUUAGCCAUUCAUCAAACAACUGAUAAAGGAGACAAGACUGGGCAUGCGCACAGCAACGCAAACUAUAACGAUGAACUAUUGGUCUCAAUACAAGCCCCACGUAACUACGUGAAGGGGUUCAUCACGUGCCCGGAAUGGUACUCGUUCGAAAAUUUGUGUGGUAAUGUAGAAAUUGCAAAACGAUUGACGAUUCCUCCGGCAUGCGCGUGCUGAUUCAAAAAUAUGACAUACUGUCUCAGUAAUACCGGAUGUUGCAAUAUUAAGAAAAUGAAUAUGCAAAUAGUAAUGAAGCUAUUUAGUUCCGUGAAUAGCAAUGAGUGUACGUGUUGUUCCGCAGUACUAAUCACAAACCGGAAGCGUUUAUCAAGGGAGAGCAUCGAUACAGCAUUUUAAAACUGUUUUAGUCAGUAACUAGUUGAACCGCGCAUGUGGAUAAGUCAAAGUCUCCAAGACGGUGUGAUUGUGUUCGGAGAAUUACAUAUACACUACAGUGCAGUGAAACCUGCCUAAUCUGACACCCUGUUGGACAAAACAUAAAAAGUCAGAUGAGACAAGAUGUCAGAACACACAAAGCUUUUUGCAUUGUUUUCAUAUGAAAUACGAAUACAGUAUUUAUAUUAUGUUGGCUGAAUACAAGAUGUCGGAAUAUAUAGGGGUCAGAUUAGGCAGAUUUCACUGUAGGUGUUAGCUGGUAUAACUAAAAAUAACAAUACUGUUUUGUUGUUGCUAUCUACUAAAAGAAACUUGUUGAUUUUUAUCACUGUGAAAUAGUCAUUGCUAUUUGAAGUUUAUCUUCAGGUUAAAAACGUUUUUUGUUGUGUUUGCGUGCGUGAUUUUGAUAACAAUGGUUUUCUUUUAACAAACAUCGGUAUAUAUUGUUUUCGUGUAUAUGUGUAAUAACGCCUGCUUAGAAUGCAAUAAAUAUUUUUUUCCAAAAAUGAAAACAGAAAACAUAUCUACCAGAAAGCCCCUUCUCAUUGUUCUUGUUCUUGCCAAAAGGAAACAGCAGUGUUUCUUUAUAUAUCGAACUUUAAAAUAAGCAUUGUUACAAGAUACUAUACUAGUAAAACAAUUGUGAUGGUACAUGUUUUAGUGAAAUAUUAUCAGAGUGUCUGGCCUGGUAGAAAGUUUUCUGCAGUUGGCAGAAAAGUUAAAAUUGGAGACUAAAUGUUGAACUCAACGUAAAUCAAUAAAGACUGAAUAUUGAAAUAAUUGAGACUGAAUAUUGAAAUUAUUGAGACUGAAUAUUGAAUAGUUUAAGACUGAAUAUUGAAAUAAUUGAAUAUUGAAAUAGUUGAGACUGAAUAUUGAAAUAAUUGAAUAUUGAAAUAAU